AUGAAGUCGCCCAUGUACCGCUGCCAAAACACCACCUCGGUGGAGAAGGGCAACUCGGCGACAGUAGGAGCAGCGCUCUUCAGCGCGGGCCUCCUGGGCAACCUGCUGGCCCUGGGACUGCUGGCGCGCUCUGGGCUGGGGUCGUGCCCACCACGCCCGGCACGCCCACCGACUUCAGUCUUCUACGUUCUAGUGUGCGGCCUGACGGUCACCGACCUGCUGGGCAAGUGCCUCCUGAGCCCCGUGGUACUGGCUGCCUAUGCACAGAACCGGAGCCUGAGGGGACUGGUGCCCGCGCCGGGCAACCCGCUGUGCCAAGCCUUCGCUUUCUUCAUGUCUUUCUUCGGGCUUGCCUCGACGCUGCAACUCCUGGCCAUGGCGCUGGAGUGCUGGCUGUCCCUAGGGCACCCCUUCUUCUACCGACGGCACAUCUCUGUGCGCAGGGGAGCGCUGGUGGCCCCCGUGGUGAGCGCCUUCUGCCUGGCUUUCUGCGCGCUACCUUUCGCAGGCUUCGGGAAUUUCGUGCAGUACUGCCCCGGCACCUGGUGUUUCAUCCAGAUGACCCACGAGGAGGGCUCGCUGUGGGUGCUGGGCUACUCUGUGCUCUACUCCAGCCUCAUGGCGCUACUGGUCCUCGCCACCGUGCUGUGCAACCUGGGCGCCAUGCGCAACCUUUACGCGAUGCACCGGCGGCUGCAGCGGCACACGCGCUCCGCCACCAGGGACCGCGCAGAGACGAGCGCCGGCGAGAGGGAGUCAUCCCCGCAGCCCCUGGAGGAGCUGGAUCACCUCCUGCUGCUGGCCCUCAUGACCGUGCUCUUCGCGAUGUGUUCCCUUCCUGUCAUUUAUCGUGCUUACUAUGGAGCAUUUAAAGCUGUUGGCAAGAAGAACAGAACUUCUGAAGAAACAGAUGACCUCCGAGCCUUGCGUUUCCUAUCUGUGAUUUCAAUCGCGGACCCUUGGGUUUUCAUCAUUUUCAGAACUCCUUCAUUUCGGAUGUUUUUUCACAAGAUUUUUGUAAGACCUCUGAAGUACAGAAAUUGUCAGAGCAAUCCCUGCCGAACUAACAUGGAAUCCAGUCUGUGA